AUGUUGGUCAGUGUUUCCAGAACCCUCACUAGACAGUCUCCAUUGUUCCGUGCUGCGGGCAGGAUCGGUGCCAGAUUUGCGUCCGAUGCGACCGACGAAGGUCCGGCCAGAGUCGGUCUCUACAAAAAGAUUGGCGUGGGUGCCAAAUACUACGUCCCACCAUCCUUCUCCAAAUACCCAUCAUUCUUCUCCAGUCCCGUUUUCUUCAUCAAGACCUACUUCAAGCGCUGGGGUAACAGUGGGUUGAACUGGUUCAACUUCGCGAGGGCCAAGAGAGAGUUAGGCCACUUGGACGUGGUUGACUUCCGACACAAGGCCAUCGACAUUUACAUGAGAGUACACACUGCAUUUGCCAGUAAUAACUUUGCCAGCAUUGAUGACAAGGUUGCCACCAUGGUCAAGGACAGUUUGGUGGCCAGAAGAAAGGAUAUGGCCCAGGUCAAGUUGGAUUGGACUUUGGUUAAGUUCAACCAGCCUCCAAAACUCGUUUCCUUUAAUCCUAUCCCUGGUCCAUCCGGUGCGAUUGAGAUGUUCCAGAUGGUCUACAAAUUUGACACCAACCAGAGGUUGAUCAUCGGCGAGCCAAAGAAGGAAAUCAAGAGGACCGAGAAGGACUCUGUGGACUACUUUGUCUUCACCGUGGAUCCGUUUUCUGACGAUGUGGUCUUGGCCGGCUCUCUUUUUGAAUCCUCACCAGCUGAUAAGAUCAUGCCUGAGGUCGACCCAACCACCCCAAGAGACAAGGUAUACGCCGACAUGGUCGCCAAGGCUGACAUUUUCCGCCUGUAA